CAAACUGAAAACGAUGACUGGGGGCCGCGGCUGACUAACACUCCUGGUGUGGGGAGUCACGGUCGAGUACAGAGUAUCUAUACAGUGCUUCUGGGGGGAUGCCAAUCUGAGGAAUUUGUAAACCGCGGCGACGCCUAGACUAUAUAGACGGAGUGUGGGGUGCGCUAAACCACUAUGAGCACGAAGUCGAGAUCGGCUGGUCCGGGUACUGCAGACAUGGCACGAAUGGCUGUCGGCAGCUCGGCGGAGAUCCCGCAGAUCCUCCACGCUCUCGACCAGGGGACGGUCAUGAUAAAGUUCUUCCGAAAGAGAAAAGUGCCGGAGAGACGCGUGUUCUGCUUGAAGACGGACACGUUUGAGAUCCUGCAGUACCCGAUGGGCCGCGGGAAACACACGCUUUGCGAGGAAUCUAUUGACAUUCGCGAAAUAAAGGAGGUACGCGACGGGAUUGGAUCCAAGGACUUUGAGCGGCAGCCGGAGGAGCUGAGGAAACUGGACCAGUUCUGCUGUUACGUCAUCUACUACGGGGCAGAGUUCAAACUGAAGACUCUCAGCGUCGCUGGUAACUUGUCUUGGAGAGAACGGGAGAGAGAGAGAGAGGGAGAGAAGAGAGAGAAUGAGAGGGAGAAAGAAGAGAGGAGAGAGAAAGGGAUGAGUGUCCUUGUCACUCCUUAUACCAACAAAUUUUGGGCCCUGUGCAGGGACGAGUGCGACGCAUGGCUGAAGGCACUGAGGCACAUUACGCAUCCGGCCAACUUUUCCUCUCACAUCAUGACCCAAAGAUGGCUACACAAGGAGUUCAGGCUGCUCGAUACCAACAAUAGUGGCACUAUCAAUGCCAACGACCUACGGAAGUUUCUGACGAAGAUCAACAACAGAACCUUUCUGAGCAGGUUCCGACAGGUUUUUCAGGACUUUGACUACACGAAGUCGGGAACCAUUGGCCUGGAAGAAUUUGUCAACAUGUACCACAUGCUGAUAUACGUUAAAAGUGUAGGAGAAAAGUUCUAUCCUUAUUGCUUAGACAAGACAAAUAUCACUUUCCCUGAACUACUCAACUUCCUCAGAGAGCAGCAGAAGGAUAAGAGAAUGGAAGAACCAGGCUACGCGGCAACUCUAGUCAGAGACUUCAUCAGAUCCUCGAAUCGAGUCCGAGACACCAGACAACCGUCACUCACUCUGCCAGAGUUUGUGUGUUUCCUGUUUUCAAAAAGGAACAGUGUAUUUAACGAGGAGCACUCUGUGGUCUAUCAGGACAUGGACAGACCCCUCUGCCACUACUGGAUGGCCUCCUCACACAACACAUACCUGACAGGUAACCAGUACUCCAGUGAGUCGUCGGUGGAGGCGUACGGCAGAGUCCUCAGGACCGGGUGCAGAUGUAUAGAAUUGGACUGUUGGGAUGGAACUGAUGGUCAACCUAUCAUCUACCACGGACACACCCUCACCUCGAAGAUCCGGUUCAUCGAGGUCAUAAAGUGCAUCAAGGAGCACGCCUUUGCCACCACAGACUACCCAGUUAUCCUGUCAAUAGAACAGCACUGCGACAUCCCUCAGCAGAGAAUCAUGGCCAGGCAGUUCAAAGAAGUCUUUGGAGACAUGCUAUUGGUGCAGCCAAUUGAUACCAGCGCCCAGAGCCUACCCUCACCCAACCAGCUCAAGAAAAGAGUCAUCAUCAAGCACAAGAAGUUGACACUGGACGAGUCUGGGGCCGAGAUUGUGCAGUUCACUCCAGUUCCCAAAGAAGAGGAGACCCAGGAUGCGGAGAGUCUGUUGCAAGACUUGAGUAACUCCGUCAAGAACGGUCUUCUCUUCAUGCAGGACCCCAUCAGCAAGCAAUGGCAGAAACAUUUCUUUGUCCUGGUAAAGAACGGAAAACUAAUGUUCACAGAGCAGCAAGAGAGAGAGGAGAUCGAGGUCGAGAAGGAAGACGAGCCUGAGUCAUGUGAUCUCUUAUCCGACAGAUACCGAGCACAGAAAUGCACCUGAAAGAGAAGUGGUUUCACGGGAAGCUGAGUAACGGACGGUUUGAUGCGGAGCGACUACUGAAGGAUUACAAAGGGGAGAACGGAGCGUUCCUCGUGAGAGAGAGCACCACUUUUACCGGAGACUAUUCUCUCUCAUUCACACGAGACAACAAAUACAACCACUGUCGAAUCCACACCAAGUCGGAAGGCGGAAGAACUAAGUACUACCUCAUUGACCAAACCUGUUUCGAUUCCAUAUACGACCUCAUCGAGUACUACAAGAUGAAUCCUCUGAAGAGUCCAGCGUUCGAGCAGAUCCUCGGUUUUCCGGUUCCCCAGCAGAACAGUCAUCUCGGGAAACCGUGGUUUCACGAGAAGCUGACGCGGCAGCAGUCGGAGGACAUGUUGAAGAGAGUGAGGAUGGACGGCGCGUUCCUCAUUCGGCACAGCGACCACCGGACGCAAGGCAGGAAGAACUACGCCAUCUCCUUCAGAGCUGGUGGCAAAGUCCGACACUGCCGUAUCCAAGUGGAGGGGGGACAGUUCCAGAUAGGCUCCGCCUCUUUCGACAGUCUCACGGAACUGGUCCAGUAUUACGAAUCAAACCCGCUCUACCGGCGGAUGAAGCUCAAAUACGCCAUCAACGACGAUGUCUUGAAGAGCAUUGGAGAGGACCCGGACGAGAGUUCUAUCUACUACCACGCGGUGUACUACACGCUCAAUGAGGAGAAGCCGGAGAGGAUCGCCUGCCGGGCGCUGUACGACUAUAACGCAAUGCGAGCGGACGAAAUGUCGUUCAUCAAAGACGCCAUCAUCUCGGACGUCGAGAAACACGAGGGGGGCUGGUGGAGGGGGAACCACGGGCGGAAGAAGAGAAAAUGGUUCCCGGCGAACUACGUGGAGGAGUUGGAAGACUCGAGCAGCCAGUCAGACGAGCAGCAGCUGGGGAACCUCCAACAGGGCAGCAUCGACCUCUCGGGCAUCCUCGUGGAGACCCACAGUCUCCCCGGCAACCACAUGUACCUCCUCUCCAUCUUCCCUCGGCAAGCACAGGGUAAUGAUCAGAUUGGACGACCGGCACUUGAGGUGGCUGCUGAGAGUCUGCAGGAGAUUCUGGACUGGCAGACUGCUAUUGAGGAGGUGCGGUACAAGCUGGAGACGCAGCAGCAGGAGGACCUGAAGAAGGAGCAGCUGCUGGAUCAACAGCAGAGGGUCAAGAGGAUCGCCAGGGAGAUGUCCGAUCUCGUCGUCUACUGCAGACCAGUACCCUUCCUCCUCGAGGGAGUGGAGUCUGGGAAGUACUACCAAAUGUCGUCGUUUGUUGAGACGAGAAUAGAGAAGAUAGUCAAGAACAAGUACCAGGCGGGGAUGUUUGUCGCCUAUAGCGGCCGGCAGAUGAGCAGGGUCUACCCCAAGGGGCAGAGGAUGGACUCCUCGAACUACGACCCCCUCCCCAUGUGGAACGCAGGGUGCCAGAUGGUGUCCCUCAACUACCAGACUGGAGACAAGCCGAUGCACCUGAAUGACGGGAAAUUCAAGCAGAACGGUCGCUGUGGCUACGUCUUGAUGCCAGACUGUAUGUUUAACCCCGGUUUCAACCCCAUGGACGUCUCCACCCAUACCAACUCUCGCCCCAUCACUCUCUCCAUUCAGGUGGUGGCAGCACGCCACCUGGUGAGACCGAGUCGCGGGAUCUGUUCUCCUCUGGUGGAGGUGGAGGUGUGCGGCAUUGACGCCGACUGGGCCAAAUUCAAGACUGUCUCUGCCAAGGACAAUGGGUUCAACCCGGUCUGGAACGAGGGCUGCGAGUUUGAAAUCUUCAACCCGGAGCUGGCUCUGAUCCGGUUCGUGGCGCAGGACGAGGACGUGUUUGGCGACCCCAACUUCAUCGGACAGGCCACGUUCCCCGUGACCUCUCUGAGGGCCGGGUUCCGUUCCGUUCCGCUCCGGAACCAGCUCAACGAGGAGCUGGAGUUGAGCGGUCUUCUUAUUCACGUCGAGAUACGCAGCUCUUAUGGAGAGGACGAGGAGCUGUACACAACUGUAAGACAUCUGAAGCAUAGCAUCACGCAGCUGACUCAGCAGAUGAAAGACGCCACGGUGGGCGGACAGGACGAGGACGGAAGAAUCAUGGACCAGCUCUCCAGCCAGCUGCAACAGGAGAGAGACGCUCUCCGCAAACUCACCAAGAAAGACGGAAGCCUGAGAAAGAGACAGCCCAACCAGAAAGUCAGCGAUCGAAGAGUCGGAUUAACUGACUGAGCCGAUAGAGAGCACACGAGAGCUAGAAAUCACAGUAACGGUAUAGGAAGAUAGUGUUCACUGUUGUGUAAUACACACCAUGCAUACGGCACAGCUACUGUAUGUAACGCUCCACUCACCAGUACGCAUAUAUAGUAAUAUCGACCACUUCAAGUUUUUUUCUGAAAAAAAUUAGCUUCAUCCCCAUGCUACACGUGCCCCUCUCGUUUAGACUGGUUUCGGUUUUGGUGUGGCAGUUGUUGUACAAUGUAGCGACUUUUUACAUGUCUCAUCCCAUAUUUUCACACACGUGCAGUUGUAAACAUUCAUGCACUGGAUUGUUUUGUAUGUCACCUCUACCCCUGUAAAACUAUUCAUUUUCACCAAAUAAUUUAUCCUAAAACAUUGAUUCAAGAGGUGAUGGAUGUAAAAAAAAUGAUGGGAGAAUUUUUUUUCAAUGACAGCCAAAAUCAGUCAUGUAGUUGCAAAGAGGUAGAGAAGACCUUUGGCGUAUGAGACUAUUUCCAUUCCCCCGAGUUUUGAUUCUCCAUACAGCCGAUCCACAAACGAUAUUGGGACUUCUCCAAGAGUAUAGCCACACUCUCUAGCUCUGACAAUCAUCUCCAUCUGGAAGACGUAUCCUUUAGAUAUGCAUCGUGACACGAGUUCCUCCAACACGUCCUUACGAUACAUUCUAAAACUGCCAGUGAGAUCAGAAGCCCCUGGUCUCAGCAAAGUCUGGGCCAGAAAAUUUGCUCCUCGACUGAUCAGUUUCCUCAUGAGGUCCCACCCGUAAACUCCGCCCCCCAGAGCAUACCUCGUCCCAGAUAUGAUGUCAUAGUUACCUUCACUCUGCUUCUUGAUAAACUCCGGGAUGAACUUAGGGUGAUGGGAAAGGUCGGCGUCCAUUAGAAUGAUGAAGUUCCCAGUAGCAUGCUUUACCCCGUGAACAUAAGCCGUGCCGAGGCCAAGUUUAGCUUUCCGCGGACGCAGCACUAUCUUGUCCUCUCCGUAUAUCUCCUGCAGCUGCUUGGCCACCUCCAGAGUCCCGUCGGGACUGUUGUCGUCAAUGACGAUGAUCUCAUAGUUGUAGCCACAUCCGCCGAGGUGCUUGACCAACAGCCACACGAUGAGGGGGAGGUUGUCUCGCUCUUGGUACGUAGGUAGAAGCACAGUGUACUUGUUUCCCGUGGGAGAGCUCAUCUCCUUGCUGGUUUCUCUAAUUAGUGCCCACUGGUC